UGCUGUCUGUUUUCAGCGGAGGGAGAGAUCCGAAGAAAAAUGGCGACUGCAGGCGACCUAAAGCGGGAAGCCGGCCAUUCUAUUUGAACUUUCUACUAAAAAUUGAGCCCGGGGCUUGGUGGGGCUAAUUGAGACUAUCGCGACGUUGGUUAGGGUUUCCGAGGGUGCCCGUUUUUCCGGGUUUGCGUGGACUAGUCGUGCGCUAAAAUUGAAAUAAAAAAUAAUACAUCUGCUACAAUGCGAGGGAGAAGAGGAAGGCCGCCUAAACAGGCAGCGGAGAUGCAGGAGGUUUCCCCUGGGCCAGUUCGCGGUUCGAGAGGGAGAGGGAGAGGUAGCCGUGGUAGGGGAAGGGGCCGAGGACGUGGCCGCGGACGAGGCUCGGUGGUGGAUACCGGUGAUACAGAAAUUCAUCGGAGAGAGAACUACCAUUCGUCCAGGGGCCGGAGGAAAGUUGGAGCAGCGACGACAUCGCGGGGCAGAGGAAGAGGCAGGGGUUCGAGAGGUGGUCGGGGGAGACGGCCACUGUGCAAGGUGGUCUACGAUGACAAUAGCGACGAGGAAGAGGACAAUAUUAGUUUGAGGUCGGAGGAAGACGAACUUUUACACGAGAAUCCCUCAGACUACGAAGAGGAGGCCGUGGGCAAUGAGUCCGAUUUUCUGGAAGAAUUACCAGAUGAGGAUGAUGCUAGUUACUGUACAGAGAGCAGCUUUCGGAGCCAUGAUAGCACGCACGGCAGCACUCCAGGCCGGAGGAGCAGACGCCCACACCGGCCCCGCUCGCCCAUCUUCGAAGCCAAGGAGGUGCCCCCCCUUGAGCUGCCCAAGUCCUCAGAGGACCUUUUGGUGCCGGCCAGUCAGCUCCUCAACAUCUCGGCCGUCUAUGAGGUGCUGCGCAACUUCGGCUCGGUCCUGCGUCUCUCGCCGUUCCGCUUUGAGGACUUUUGUGCGGCGCUGGAGGGCCAGGAGCAGUGCACCCUGCUGGCUGAGACCCACACCGCCCUGCUCAAGGCCAUCCUGCGCGAGGAGGACACAUCCAACACCACGUUCGGUCCUGCCGACCUCAAGGACAGCGUCAACUCCACGCUCUACUUCAUCGACGGCAUGACCUGGCCCGAGAUGGUGCGCGCCUACUGCGAGAGCGACCCAGAGUACCGCCAGGUGCUCCCUUUACUGGAGGGCGAGGAGUACCCCUACGAGCCCCUCGAGAGCAAAAUUAAGGUCCUUCAAUUUCUCGUGGACCAGUUCCUGGCCACCAACCUGGCUAGAGAAGAGUUGAUGUCGGAGGGGGUGGUGGCGUAUGACGACCACUGCAGGGUGUGCCACCGGCUGGGGGACCUCCUCUGCUGUGAGACGUGCUCGGCCGUCUACCACCUGGAGUGCGUAAAGCCGCCACUGGUGGAGGUACCCGAGGACGAGUGGCAGUGCGAGGUGUGCGUGGCACACAAGGUGCCCGGCGUGGUGGACUGUGUGACGGAGACACAGAAGAGCCGACCAUACAUCCGCCAGCUGCCAAUCGGCUAUGACCGCCACCGCCGCAAGUACUGGUUCUUGGACCGCCGCAUUGUGGUUGAGGAGGACGGCGAGCAGGAGGACAAGACCAUCUGGUACUACAGCACCAAGGUGCAGCUGGCUGAGCUGAUCGACUGCCUGGACAAGGGUUACUGGGAGGCCGACCUGUACGCCACGCUGGAGGAGAUCAGGGACGAGGUGCACACGCACAUGGACAUCACCGAGGAGCUCACCAACAAGGCCCGUGGCGUCAACAAGUGCUUCCUCACCGCCGCCAACGAGGAGAUCCUGAACCGGCUGAGGGCCAAGCAGGAGCAGGAGCUGGAGGAGAUGAAGCGCCGGGCGGCCGAGGAGAGAGAGAAGGCGGAGGCGCAGGGAACUCUCCGGAAGGAGGAGGAGACGGAGGGGGCGGAGCCAAAGGAGAAGACUGACGACCCAGAGAAGAAGGGAGAGGAGAAGGGAGCAGGGGAGGGUAAAGCUGAGAAGGACAAGGCGACCAAAGAGGGGACUACCAACACAGCCGAGCUGGCUCCUUCUACUGGUGACUGCUCCAUCCCCGAGGGGAGUAAGCCUGAUCUCCCGGCUCCACAACCCACCCUCCCGGCAACAGAGGCCCCCAGCCCUGCCGUGGGGGGGCAAGACCUCCCUACCGGGGCCCGAGAGCCUGGGGACGAGGCCAAAACCAACAUCGAGGGCGUGCAGGAGGCUGAAGAGAAGGCACGUUCUGAGUCUAGCUCUCCCAGGGGAGAGGGGGUCCCCAGCCUGAGCCAGCCCCCUCAUCCCAGUGGUGAGGAGAACAGUAACAGCAGCACCAUUGCCAGGGAGGCCCCCAGGGUCCCGGAAGAGCCCGACCUGGCUGACAGGUCCUCUCAGUCCUCUAUCAACAGCCAGGACGACCAGGGGGUGAACGGCGAGGCCGGUGGAAAGCGGUCGGCAGUCACGCCGGGCGGCCGCAUGGUGACCCGCCUGCGUAACCCGGAGAGUAAGCUGAGCCAGCUGAAGAGCAAGAAGGUGGAGGAAGCCGUGAACGAGGCCAACAAGGGCUACAAGGAGGGCAAAGAGGUGCUGGUGGUGACCCCGGCAGGCGACGUGUCGCGUCUCAGCACCCGCAGCCUAACAAGCAAGGAGGUGGUGAUGAAGGGCACACUCAGCCACUUCUUCAAGCUGGGCCAGGAGGGCAAGUACCGCGUCUACCACAACCAAUACAGCGGAAAUACGCUGGCCCUCAACAAGCCCCAGCACCGGGAGGACCUGGACAAGCGGCGACACCUCUCGCACAAGUUUUGCAUGACGCCGGCAGGCGACUUCAAGUGGAACGGCUCCAUCCACGGCUCCAAAGUGCUGACCGUCUCCACGCUGCGCCUCACCAUCAUCCAGCUGGAGACCAAUGUGCCCGCACCCUUCAUGCACCCCAACUGGGCCUCACACAGGAACAACUGGAUUAAGGCGGUGCAGAUGUGCAGUAAGGCCAGGGAGUUUGCCCUGGCCAUGGCCAUCUUGGAGUGUGCCAUCAAACCUGUGGCCCUGCUCCCUGUCUGGAAGGACUCUCUGGGACACACUAGGCUACACCGUAUGACGUCCAUGGAGCGGGAGGAGAAGGAGAAGGUGAAGAAGCGGGAGAAGAAGCUGGAGGACGAGGAGACCAUGCAGCAGGCCACCUGGGUCAAGUACACCUUCCCCAUCAAGCACCAGGUGUGGAAGCAGAAGGGAGAGGAGUAUCGUGUGACGGGCUGGGGCGGCUGGAGUUGGAUCAGCAAGACUCAUGUGCACCGCUUCCUGACCAAGCUGCCCGGCAACACCAACGCCAACUACCGCGCCGAGCUGGAAGCUGCCAGACGUGGCGAGAAAUGCAACCUGCUGGACUUGGGCCCAAGGCCAAGGUUGUUCAAAACAACUGUAGUUUCAGAACCCCAGGGAAGCAGAAGACCCGUAGAGAAAGAUGGGGGUGCUGCCACCACCACCACUGUCACCCCAGAGCCCUCAGCAGACCGCCUGUCAGGAGAGCAGACCAAGGAAAAGCUAGAGGAGGGAAAGAAAGAUGGGGGUGCUGCCACCACCACCACGACCACCCCAGAGCCCUCAGCAGACCGCCUGUCAGGAGAGCAGACCAAGGAAAAGCUAGAGGAGGGAAAGAAAGAUGGGGGUGCUGCCACCACCACCACGACCACCCCAGAGCCCUCAGCAGACCGCCUGUCGGGAGAGAAGACGAAGGAAAAGUCAGAGGAGGGAAAGAAAGACGAGAGUGACGGGCCAGCGAAGGUGAAGAUGCAAGACUCCGCUGCAGAGGAGGCUGCUGACAAGAUGGAGGUGGACCCUAGCCUCUCAGACUCAGGACAAGACGAUGAAAAAGGGACCUGCAGCAGCCCGGGGACCGAGACGGAGACGACGUGCGCGAGGCAGGAGCUCGGUGAGGGGAAUGCAAGGCCCUUCAACUACGACGUGGUGGACGUGGCCCAGGGCUUCCUGACGCGCGUGGCCUACGAGAAGAAGGUCAAGGCCUCCAAGCUGGACGGUCUGCUGGAGCGGCGCGUCAAGCAGCACGCCCUGGAGGAGAAGCAGAGGGCUCAGGUCUCCCUGGCCAGGCCUACCCCAGCGAAGACCACCCCGGCCCUGCCGCAGUCCCCACUCCAGCCCCAAACUCCGACCCAGGCCCAGAGUCCCACAGUGAAAUUGGAGUUCAGCACCCCUUCGGUGCCACCUGCGCUUGCUCCGUUGUCAGUCAAAGGGGAGGUGCAGGCGCACCCUUCAAAGACCGCUGAGGGGUUCCCUCACCCAGCCACAGCGACCCAGGCCAAAGAGCCUGCAGCUGAAGCAUUCCCUAGGACACAAAACCAAAUGACCCCCCAGAAACAGGAAGGAGACCUCCCUGAGAGGACUAUAGGGCCCACAGGGGCCGGUUCAGGGCAGGAAGGCCUUAAAAGGCCCAGCAGCACAGCGGAACCAAUGGAAACUCAGAGUUCAGGUGGGAUCCACUACACUGGCAGACCAUCAGAGUCUACCAGCGACAUGCCCGCUUCCACCGAGGGUGCAGGACCUGAAGUGGCCAUUUUUAAACCCCUCUCCACAACAAUUUCUCCAAGCAGUAUAACCCAGGAGGGCAGCCAUAGUGCAGCUACCGUUCCUAAACCUCCCCAGCAAAGCACAGAGAAGAACGGGAAGGGGCCCGAGGAGAGGCAGGGCAACGGACAGAGCAGCACUGAGGCCAUCGCCACUGGGUCCCAGCCCUCCUCUCUACCUCAGAUCAAUGGAAAUGACAGCAUGGAGGCUAAAGCCUUGAUCAACUCUUUACCAACUCCAAACGAGCCCUCCAACGCUCACACUAACAGCUCUGAGGUCAAAGUGAACAGCCUAGGCAAGGCGGAGGGAGAGGGUCAAGUAGUCUCGCCCCUAAAGCCCUUGCUCAACGGCAAUGUGGCCCCUGUAGCCGAGAGGACCGGGCCUGACAGCACGGAACCAAGGCCACCUCUAAGGGUAGAGGUGGAGAGCAAGGUCAUAGUGUCGGUGCAAGACUGCCAGCCCCCGGUGAAGGUGGCCAGGCUGGAAAACAACAUGGAGGCGCUCGGAUCUACGACGACCCAGCAGCUCAACAACACCCAGCCCAUGGAAGUUAAGCCUGAUGCUGCCACGCCCAACAAAAUGUCCCCCUCGUCGAUGCGCUCUGCGGAGGAGAGCAGCAACAGUGGGGUGGGAUCCCUCUGUAAGACCAUACUCACCCAGGUAACCACCACAACAACCACCACUGUAUCCACAGAGUCUCGGCUAAUGGCGGGGGUCUCAAGCUCUUCGGGGACGACGCCCGCGCCCAUUGUCUCAACCACCGAGAGCAGCGCAGUGUCCACGCUCACCACCAUGACCAAAACCACUGUGACCAAAAUGCGCUCACCCACGCCCGACAGCCAAUCGGACGAGAGCCAGAGCGAAACGGUGACCGAGUACAAGACCACGCUCUUCGCCGCCCGCAAGGAGUCCUCUCGUUCAACCUCCUCUGUUUCGGGGGUCGUGACCUCGUCGACCUCCACCAAGGGCCGCGUUCACCUCCUCAAGUUCUCGCGCACCAAGAAGACGCGCUCGGGAACCGCCUUGCCAUCCUACCGCAAGUUUGUUACUAAGAGCCAGCGUAAGAGCAUCUUUGUCCUGCCCAACAACGACCUGAAGAAGCUGGCACGGCGGGGUGGCAUCCGUGAGGUGUCCAUCUUCAGCUACAAUGCCAAGCCGGCCCAGGACAUCUGGCCCUACCCCUCGCCCAGACCCACCUAUGGCAUCACAUGGAGGUACCGUCUCCAGACAGUGAAGUCCCUGGCAGGGGUCAGUCUGAUGCUGAGGCUACUGUGGGCCUGUCUGAGGUGGGACGACAUGGCCGUCAAGCCCUCCGCCGCUGUAGGCACCACGCGCACAGCCCUAUCCCCACUCAUUGCCACAGAGACCUCCGAGACGGAGAUCACUACCACAGAGAUUAUCAAGCGCCGCGACGUGGGGCCCUACGGCAUCCGCUCGGAAUACUGCAUCCGCAAGAUCAUCUGCCCCCUCGGCACUCCAGAGACCCCGAAAGAGACCCACACGCCACAGAGGAAAGGCCUGCGCUCCAGCAACCUGCGGCCCAAGAAGCCGGAGCCCAAAAAGGAAACUGGGCCGGUGGUGAUUGAGUCCUGGGUGGCCGAGGAGGAGCUGGACCUCUGGGAGAUCAGGGCCUUCUCCGAGAGGGUUGAGAAGGAGAAAGUCCAGGCGGCGGAACAGGCCAAGAAGCGUCUGGACCAGAAAACAGGCACUGGAUCUACCACCGUCAUCACCACGGGGAGCCCAGCCACCCCCGCUUCCACCCCCAAGGUAGUGACCCUGUCGGGCCAGGCCACCCCCGGAACCAAAGUAUUACUGGCUACCAAGAUGGGCACCCCCGUCACCUUCCAGCAGAACAAGAACUUCCAGCAGUCGUUUGCUUCCUGGGUCAAGCAGGGGCAGCCCAGUGGAGCCUCGCCGGGCACGGUGGCCACGACGGCCGGACAGACUUUCCAGAUCACGGGCACGUCCAUGGGGGGCAAGGUGCUCACCGCCAAGCUGCCGCUGCCCGCCAACAGCAAGAUUGUCACUGUCAACGUGCCAACCACUCAAGGAGGUAUGAUUCAGAAGCAGGUGCUGGGCAUCAUUCCCUCAAGCCAAGCUGGCGGCGCCCAGACCUUUGCCUCGUUCCAGCCUCGCACCACAACCAUAAACAUCAGGCCGGGCAUGCCAGGCUCACCACAGCAGGUGCUCACCGCUGGAGGCCAGAUCCGUCCGGGGAUGACCGUGAUCCGAACGCCCAUCCAUCAGACAGGCGCCAUGGGUAAAAGCAUCCUCCGAACCCCCCUCAUGGUGCAGCAAGGUCAGGUGGGCCAGCAGGUGGUGACCCAGAUCAUCCGUGGGCAGGCCGUGUCCACGGCCAUCUCAGGUGCCAGCCCCGUCACCACCGUGGCCGGACAGAGGAUGGGCAGUGCCCCCAAAACCCCGGGCCAGCCCAACACGGCCCAGACGCCGCAGCGGGUACACCAGGGCCAGGUCAAACUCACCCUGGCACAACUCACCCAGCUCACCCAGAAGCAGCAGAGCCAGGCAGUAGAGCGGCCAGGCGGCGGGGCCCAGGGCCUGACGGUGAUGAUCCAGGGCCAAGGCCAGGCCACGGGCCAGCUGCAGGUCAUCCCCCAGGGGGUCACAGUCAUCCCCGGGCCCGGUCAGCAGCUCAUGCAGGCGGCAAUGCCCAACGGCCAUGUCCAACGCUUCCUCUUCACCCCCAUGGCCCCUGCCGCUACCCCAACCUCCACAGCCCCUACCGCCCCGGGACAGACCACCAAGACCCCUGCCCAGCCCGCCCAGCAGGCUGCAGCUCCCAUCCAGGCCGGCGCCGCCCUGGCCACCAGCACACCCCCAUCCGCCACCCCCCAGGGCCAACUCCCCUCCCAGACCCAGGCCCACAUGCCCAUCCAAUCCCCCACCCCCCUCCAGGUCAAGUCCCUCAAACACCCCGGCACCCCCACGGGCCGGCCCCAGCAGACCCUUCAGCUCCAGGGCUCCCCCCACCAGCUCAUCACUGUCCCGGGCCUCCAGCAACAGGUCCAGGUCCUGGCUCAGCUCCAGGCCCAACAGGGGCCCUCCGGAGGCUCUCUCCCCCAGCAGAUCAAGCUCCAGCUUCCCAUCCAGAUCCAGCAACCCGGGGUCGGUGGAGCCCAGCCUGGAGGUUCGAUCCAGAACGUGGUGGCCAUCCAGACGGCCAGCGUGCAGGAGCAACUCCAGAGGAUCCAGCAGCUGAGGGAGCAGCAACAGCAGAAGAAGAGGCUGGCGGCCGAGGCCAAGCGGGAGCAGGCGCUGGCGGCGGCCAGCCAGAGCGACAUCAUCCAGAAACAGGUGGUGAUGAAGCAGAACGCCGUGAUCGAGCACCUCAAGCAGAAGAAGCCCAUGUCCCCCGCCGAGAGAGAGGAGAACCAGAGGAUGAUUGUGUGCAACCAGGUGAUGAAGUUCAUCCUGGACAAGAUCGACAAGGACGAGAAGCAGGCGGUCAAGAAGAGGAAGAAGGAGGAAGCAGGCGAGCAGAAGAGGACCAAGGCCAACGCCACCAAGCUGUCGUCGCUGCUCUGCCGGCACAAGGAGACGCUCAAGGCCGAGAUCCUCAAGAAGAGAGCCCUGCUGGACAAGGAGCUGCAGCUGGAGACGCAGGAUGAGCUGAGGAGGGACCUCGCCAAGAUGCGACGGGACAAGGAAAGGGCCCAGGCGGCCGCCGCCGCCGCACACACGCAUCACGCCCAGCACGCCCUGACACACACCUCCCAACUCAACCCGGCGGCCUUCGCCCACAAGCGGAAGCGGGAGGAGGAGAGGGACGCGGCUUCGACGGCUAACGCCAAGAAGAAGAAGAUGAUCACCACCACUACCUCAGACAGCAAGAAGGAGACCAAGCUCUACUGUGUCUGCAGAACACCCUACGACGAGUCCAAGUUCUACAUUGGCUGUGACCUGUGCACCAACUGGUACCACGGCGAGUGUGUGGGCGUCACCGAGAAGGAGGCCAAGAAGAUGGACGACUACAUCUGUAGCGAGUGCAAGCGGGCCCAGGAGGGAAAGACCGAGGAGCUCUACUGCAUCUGCCGAACGCCCUACGACGAAGCACAGUUCUACAUCGGCUGCGACCGCUGCCAGAACUGGUACCACGGCCGUUGCGUGGGCAUCCUGCAGAGUGAGGCCAACCACAUCGACCAGUACGUGUGUCCGCAGUGCCAGUCCACAGAGGACGCCAUGACCGUGCUCACGCCGCUCACCGACAAGGAUAACGAGGGGUUAAGGAGAAUCCUGCGCUCCUUACAGGCUCACAAAAUGGCGUGGCCAUUCCUGGAGCCGGUGGACCCGAACGACGCCCCAGACUACUACGGAGUCAUUAAGGAACCAAUGGACCUUUCUACAAUGGAGGAGCGGUUGCAGAAGCGCCACUACAUCAGGCUGACGGAGUUCGUGGCGGACAUGACCAAAGUCUUCGACAACUGCCGAUACUACAACCCCAGCGACUCGCCGUUCUACCAGUGCGCCGAGGUCCUCGAGAACUUCUUCGUCCAGAAGCUCAAAGGGUUCAAAGCCAGCAGGUCUCAUAACAACAAACUGCAGUCUACAGCCUCUUAGAAUACACAGACCGCACUUCUUCUAAAGCUUACUGUCAAAAUGGCUGCCAAUGUGGUUCCCCCUGAACAUUCAUACUCCAAUGGGGAAGCCAGGCUACUUCUUACCUGUCCCCACACACAUACCACACCUGUCGGACUUGGGAGUGGGAGUCAAACCCCCUGUUUAAAACCAGCACACACUCCUCGAAGAUCGUAGCCGACGCGUGCUUCAGGCUGAACGGCCUUGGUACCAAACCGGAUGAGCCCUCGCCGCUCCUCAACCACCUCUAUGGCCGUGGAAAGAGAAGAGACUGGCAGUGGAAGGUUCCAUUAUCCAAACCCUUAGUGUUCAUGAUGGGUGAUACCACAUCCCCAACAAACAGGGGGAGGGAGGCUCAGACUUUCAGUUCACAGCCUGGUUCCUUCCCUUCAAAACACUUCCGAUCUGGUGGAUGAAAUGGAGGGAUGGCGGGAGAAAACCCCCCUGAAGUCAAUAAGCUAAUGAGUUGUUCAAGGGCAGUACGAAACAAGGCAGCAGUAGACUCUUUUUCAAGUUGUUAAUUCCUUAACUAAUCUCACAUCUAUUUUGUAUCAGCUAUUCUUCCUUCCCUGGGGGUCAACUCCCAUUUCAGACUGUGUAUGUCCCAAAUGUCACCCUAUUCCCUAUAUAGUGCACCACUUUUGACCAGAGCCAUAUGGGUCCUGGUUCUAAAGUUGUGCUCUAUAAAGGGAAUAGGGUGCCAUUUGGGAUGACAACCACUGACAUUUUCCAGCUGUCUCUGUUUCCUCAUUCAAAAUGGGUCUAAAUAGCACACACACACCUGUCUGGCUGCUUGUGUUUGGAACGAGCUGAUCCUAGAUCAGAUCCUAGAUCAGAUCCCACAUGGUGCCACCUUGAAGAUGUAUGUGCCCUGACCUCCAAACAGGCCAUAGAGAGUCCAAGUUACCAUUUCUAUGUAAUGUCUCAAUGUGGAAACGCUAUCCUGUUUGUAAAACCUUGUUUUUUCAGAUGUUGAACCUCUGUUUUCCUUUUUCUUUGUUACCACCUAAAACGGGAAUAUUGGUGUAUAUGAAACUACAGCCGACAUUGAGAAAACAAGCUCUAUUUCUCGCCAUGUCGAGGCUUCUCAAACAUUUUUAAUUGAAGACAUUCGUCCGAUGAAAACAAGAAAAGCUCUCCAAGUCUUUCGACGGGAAAAUAACCGAGGAUGGACUUGGAGAAUGUGAAAGUCGUUAAAAGGGCAUAUUUAACCUAAGUGUACUGACCAUCCACACCGCAACCUCCCCCCUCUCUCCCCCAAUGGUUUGUCAAGAAGUUUGGAUCACAUGCAUCUCUCAACUCACAGGCCCCCUAUAAAGGAUUAAGUCAAAUGCUUUUGAGUUCUGCACUGCAUCAAGUAAACAUGCUGUGGUCUACAACAGUAAAUCAGGAAGUCAACCUUCGUUGAAGAAUCUUCAUACUAUGUUGGGGUUUGUAUGAAGAUUUCUUUUGGAACUCUUGGCCAUUUUGAUCAUAUUUGGAACUCUUCUGUAAUAAUUGUGUCGAGGCAGUACUGUUUGUUGGGGGGGAGAACAUUUUUGGAGUUGUCAUUGGUGCUCUUAGUUAAUGUCUUAGGCUUAGGUUUGAAGAGGGGUUGGGGUAAAUUUUCAUUUCAAUUUUGGAAGUGAACUGAAAUUCCCAUUUUCAUUGGAAUUUUAGUUUACUAACUAAAUUGAAAUGGAAAUAACCGAAACCCUGGUUUGAAGUGCCAACAACUUUUUCGGAGGUGGACUGAGUUGAGAGAUGAGGUGACCGUCUGUCAGUCCUAUUCACUGACCUGUUUGCAUUUCAAACCAUGCACCAGCUUCUAUUCUUACAUGCAUCGUCCACCAUUUUGUAUUUCAUGUUGUAUAAUAUGGCUGUCGAUAAACAGAGAUUAUAGAGAUUUUUAUAGAGUUAGUACUUUUCUUUUUGACCGUCUUAACCAGCAACUAAGCCUACCUGUAGAUUCAAUAGAUAGAGAAUAUCUUUUGUCAUAGUGGACUCUACAUUUAGGUAAAAUUGCCCUUUAUAUUAAAAGUGCUGCAUAUUGUGUGCAUAUUGAUUUAAAACCGGGCGGAGAAUGUUGACUCUUUGAAGAGUUUUUUUUUAUUUUUAAGAACCAACCAGUUCUACACAUCUCUUAAUAACUUCAUCACAAUAUCUGUUGUUAUUUAUUCAUAUCGCUGAAAAUAUUUCAUUUUUUUAGUAAAUGUAAGAGGAAACAUAACUGGGGGAAAAUACUAUAUGUUUUUAACAGAUUGUGGCAACUCUUAUGAGAUCCUUUUUUGUACUUGAUAGGACAUUUCAUCCUAGAUAAUAAAGUCAUGUUUUUGACAUCAA